GUUGUCAAUCAAGAACAUGGCAGAAAGCAAAAGAGGUUUGAUGAUGUUUAGGCCUUUCUUUCAAAAACUACGAAAGGGAUAUUGGGUUUCAGCAUUCAGAGAAUCACCUGCUCUCAACCAUGCCGGAUUUGAUGAAGACAUGAGCGUGGCUAAAACAGUCCCAGAUGACGUUAAGGAAGGAUUUUUUACAGUCUUUGCAGUGAAGGGAAAGGAAACACAGAGGUUUGUUAUUGAAUUAGACCAGUUAACAAACCCUGCAUUACUAAGUCUAAUGGAUCAGGCUUGGGAAGAAUAUGGAUUUCAGCAGAAGGGGGCUCUUUCUCUCCCUUGCCGACCUCAUGAAUUGCAGGCGAUUCUAGAACACAGCAAUAAAAGCAAUGCUGGCACUGAAAGUAGGGCUACGUGUAAUGCUACCAUACUAGAAAGCUACUAGGACAAAUAACAGAUUUCUUGUAACUUUUUCGAGUUCUUGUCCAAGUCAA